UCUCUCUGCACGGGUUCUGUCCCCGCCUUUCUGACGUGCUCUGCAAGCCGGAGACGCGGGGACGGGAUGGAUCCCCCGUAGUUGCGUCUUUUGCAGACAAGCCUGGUGGAAUCCGAACUUGGAGCCAUUGCAACCACGAGAGUCCUCCGGCCUGGGAUCCGGUGAUCUGUCCUUCGGAGCCCUCAUGGAAUGGAUUCCAGCCUCCUCUGGAUCUCUCCUUCAGCCAACGGAGGCUGAGGGGUGGGAGGCGGCAGAGCCCCCCUCUGACCCAGCAAGGACCACCGAGGCAACGGCGGGAGGGGCCCAGUUGUGCCGUGGGGCCUUUUCCAGCAAUGGCUUGCAAACAUGCCAGGGGCCUCCGCCCUGCCUGCUGGGCCAGAUGACCUCUGGGGAGCCCCCAGGGCCAUCUCCCUCCUGCGUAAGCCAAGCCCCCGGGCUGCCUUUCGACCGGUCCGUCUCAGGCUCGUCCACCUGCUCAUCCCUGGCCAGCUCCUCCCAAGAGUCAGAUGACGUCUUCAGCGACGCCGAAGGAAAGUCGGUCACGGCAAAGAAACGGGUGCUGAGAAAGACAAAAUCCUGGAAGACGUUUUUCACCAUGGUCCACUGGUCCUUGCGAAGACGCAGCUCCUGGGUGCAGCUGGCUGGACACGAAGGGAACUUCAAACCCAGCGAAGGGGGCCUGAUCCUGAAGAAGUUCAGCGCUGUGGAGGCGGCGUGUCUGUCUGAGCUGAUGACGGACGUCCUGCGCCCUUUCGUGCCUGCCUACCACGGGGUGGCUGAGGUGGGCGAACAGCGCUACAUCCAGAUGGACGACCUUCUGCUCGGACUCCAGAAUCCCAGCAUCAUGGACUGCAAGAUGGGCACCAGAACGUACUUGGAGGACGAAGUGGGCAAGAGUCAUCCCCGGUCAUCCCCCCGGCGAGACCUCUACCAAAAGAUGGUGAAGAUUGACCCCUGGGCCCCCACGCCAGAGGAGCACAGCCAAGGGGCUAUCACCAAGCCCCGUUACAUGCAGUGGAGGGAAAAUACCAGUUCCAGCACGUCUCUGGGGUUCCGGAUUGAGGGGGUGACGAUCGAGGGAGGAGCUGUGCAACGGGAUUUCAAGCAGAUGCGGAGCCAGGAUCAAAUUAUAGAGAUCUUCUUGCAAUUUGUGAAGAAUCGUGUGGAUGUGCUCAAGACCUACUUGGCACGCCUGGAGAAUUUGCGCCAAGCCUUGGACAAGUCCAACUUCUUCAAGAGGCACGAGGUGAUUGGAAGCUCUCUGCUCUUCCUCCACGGCCAGAAAGGCCAGGCCAGCAUCUGGAUGAUUGACUUUGGCAAGACUCUCCCCGCCCCAGCCCACAUCCACCUUCGCCACAACGUGGCCUGGACUCCCGGAAGCCACGAGGACGGCUACCUGAUCGGCCUGCAGCACCUGGCCCACACCAUCCAGGUGACCCUGGCCAGAGCUGAGCAGAGUCAGGAGCCCGUCCUGGGGCUCUCCUGAGCCCGCAGCCCCCAGGACACAGCCGAGAGCAGCGGAAAAGGACGACAUCCCCGGGCAAGGCAGCCCCGCUCUUUGGGGAGGGGGCAGCUGGGAGCCUCCUGGAUGCACCCCUUUGCCAAACCGUGGAGGGAGCCAGGACCUCUUGCAAAAUCCCAGGUCUUGCCGAAAAACAAGCAGUGACUCUCCAACUGUUUGGAGGAGAAACACACCAGAAACACAACGCAAGGAGUUUGCAGCCAUGGCUAAUGAAUGUAAUGGCGUUUCCUCUCUACCUUUCGAAUUCCUUUUCCUGACCCCCCCCCCACCUCCUCAUUGCUCUCCAAAGGAGCCUCUCUUUUCCCGUGGCCGUUUUCAGGCCCCUCCGUGGUGGGGCUGCCCCCACCCCGCCUCCCCCUUGCUGCUGCCGCCAGGAGAUGAAUAGAAUCAAAACUAAAACAAGUCUGCAAGAGAUUGUGCGGAGUAGCUCAAACGUGACUUUCAGAAGGGGAAAUUCAGACUGGGAUUGCCUAAGUUUAUCUGCGGCGAACCAAACCGUGGUUUACUCUGUCAGCCUGACUUUCCAGUUUUGAGCAACGUGCUGGAGCGUAAGCUGAUUGCAAGGGCCGGGCUUUCGCAGGACACGAUGGUUUGCGAGUUAGUGUUCAAGCCAAUGCAGGCUGCAGAGUCUGCGCAACUGCACGGCCCCGUUCCAGUGGGAAACUUAACGUUUGCAAAGCUGUGUGACCUCCUCUUGGGAUGUUGGAUUUAGAUAAAUUAAAACCCAGGCAGGGGUGCCUUUUUCAGUGCUUAUUUGGAA